CAAAAUGCGUUCUGGACAGAUACAGGUUGCAAACCCCAAACUGCAUCACAGCCUUUACAGCCUGACAGACAGCUCAGACCCUGAACAAGAGGGUGACGUAGCAGAUGGACCGCGAUGCCUUACCCCACUGCAGAAGCUCACAUCAGACAUGCACAAGGAUGACAGAAUAAUCAAGGAACUGGUCAUCGGCCGCAGGGUGGGCUUCUACAAGGUUAGGGGGGAGAUUGGCCAUGGGACUUUCUCCCGAGUCAAACUGGCUUUUCACGCUCUGACAAAAGAUAAAGUGGCCCUUAAAAUCUUGGACAAGACAAGAUUUGACAAUCAGGCUCAGCGGCUUCUCUCCAGGGAAGUCAGCAGCAUGAACUCCAUGCACCACCCUAACGUCAUCCGUCUCUAUGAAGUGGUGGAGACGCCAAGUCGCCUCUACCUGGUGCUGGAGUACGCCGGUGGAGGAGACCUUCACAACAAGAUCUGCAAUGAGGGAAAACUUGCUGACAACACAAGCAAGAUCAUAUUCUCACAGAUCCUCUCUGCCAUUAAAUAUUUGCACAAUUGUAACAUCAUCCACCGGGACCUGAAGGCAGAGAAUGUUCUUUUCACCGGCAGCGGCUGUGUCAAGGUGGCAGACUUUGGAUUCAGCACGCAGAUUUCCAACCGCAAUGACACACUCGACACCUUCUGCGGCUCACCUCCAUAUGCCGCCCCGGAGCUCUUCAGGGAUGAGUGCUAUCUGGGUCCUCCGGUGGAUGUGUGGGCAAUGGGGGUCCUCCUUUUUUUCAUGGUGACCGGCACCAUGCCGUUCCGCGCUGAAACCAUGGGAAAGCUGAGGCGCUGUGUCAUCCAGGGUGCAUACAGUAUACCCCCGUGGGUUCCUGGUCCCUGUCAGAGACUCAUCAGGGGCAUCUUAAAGGCAGAUCCCAUUGAGCGCUGUGCUGUUGACCAGAUGCUGGGUUGUGAUUGGCUUUUACCCGUGGAAUUCCCUUGGUCGUUGGCAUCUCCCGAACCAGCGAGCCCUCUGCAAGGCCUGUUGGAUUCUGAAAGUAGGGACCUGGAGGAGGAGGAGGAAGAGAUGGAGGAGGUCCAGUGCUCACUGGAGAAGCUUGGGUUCACCUCAACACACUUACAGAACAAUCGACUAAAUGACAGCCGCAGCCCUGUCACAGGUGUCUAUCGAAUCCUGCUGCACCGAGCGCAGAGAAGGAGGGGAUGCGACAGCCUGCCGGUGGUCCGAGGGAUGGUGAGGGACCCCAAGCGGGAGGGACUUAGAGCAUACAGGGGCCUAAGGCACACGUCCAAACUCUGUGUGCUUUCAUAAUAUGGUUUUUGGGUCGGCUUAAAUUAAUGUUUUUAUUAUUCAGCUUUUGCAUUUUCAUUUAUUCAUUUAUCUUGAAUUACCCACCAAUCACUAGAACAAGGAAACAAAAAUCAGUUUUCAAGACCCAAGAUGCCUUUGCAAUACAUGCCAGCUCAAGCCUUCUGGAAGUUGCAAUGUUCUUUACUUUUUUGAUUCAAUUCAAUUGGCGUUAAAUCAAACUAAGUUUAUUUUCAUAGAACAACGCCAGUAGUAUGCAGCUCUACUGAAAGUUGAAACAGUGAAAGUACUCAAUGUGCACUUAAACCGGACCUUUUAACUCUUUGAGUUUGUUUACUGUAUUAGUUGAAUUAAUGGAGCAUGAUCAGCCAUGCUCAGUCAAUGCAUGAUUCGUAUAACAAUUAUUAAUAUUUGUAUGCAACAUCAGGAGUAGUCAAGAUUUUGGAGCUUCGUCUUGCACUGAAGAUAAUGGACAGCAUCGGUAUCUCUACAACUUUAUUUUCUAGAUCUAAAAUAGUUUUCUGUUGCUUUGUUUAUAAUUUCAUAUAUUUUAAAUAAAAUGCAAGGUCCAGGUUUUUCA